AUGAAGGAUGCUGAAGAUUCAGUACCCUCAGUAAAUACAGCCAAAUACCUUGAUGAAAAAGUGAAUAUCGAAACAUUAGUAGGCAAGCAUAUCCUCACCAAAGACGGGCAGGUAAUAUCGGUAUGCCGUCAUUUCAAAGCUAAGAAGAUCCUCAUCUAUUUCUUCUCCGCUGCAUGGGCUCCAGCCAUCGAUGUCAUCGCCAGACUGAAAAGCCUGUACGUUGAAAACUUGAACAGAAAUACGAGAAUGGAAAUCAUCUUCGUAUCCUCCGAUACAGACGAAAGCACCUUCAAUCAGUAUUUUGCCGAGCAAGGACCAUGGUGUGCGAUACCAUUCAGAAGUGCCAUUUGUGACGAAUUGCGCUGGAUGUAUGGCAUAACAUGUUUGCCACAGAUCAUAGUGAUUAGAACUGAUGGUACAGUGAUAACACGAAAGGGCAAGGAUGAAUUAGAGAGCCUUGGGAACAAUGUUAUUGUAUGUUGGGCAGAAUAUAUUCAGCAGUGA